AUGGCGACUGAAUUUUUUGACAAUUCUUUAGCUACUUGUACAAUCUACGGUCUUUUGAUGGCAGUCACAUUAUUUAUUACAUAUAUGUUCCAAAAGCAUUAUUUUGCUUAUUACAGACCAGAAGAAUCGUCAAAUCUUCUUGAAUCGGAUCCUUCACAUAGUGAUGGCAACCCAAAAGAAAUCAAAACAGAACCACAAACACCAGUUAAAAGAUGCUGCUCACCUCUCUCACCUAUAAAGACACCUAUAUCAUUUAAAAGGAAAAAAACUCUGAAGACUCCUGAUGUAUCUGCUAAUAAACCGAGCAUUUUUAAUCAGAGAAUCCCUCUUGUAUCGAUUAAUGCGAAUACUUUGGAAGCUACCGCAAGACUUAAUAUGGAGCUUAAUCAAGGAUUAGGUAGAAUAAGGAUUAGGAUUAUUUAAGGCAAGUCUAGCCAUAUUGGUGGCACAGUCACCAAAGACCUCCAGUACAGAAGGUUCAUUUGCUUUCAGAAAAACUGUCCAGUAGGUCUAGCCAUGAUUGGUAUAGUUGACCCUUCAUUGCCUUGUCCUCAGUUUGAGUGGGCAGCUUAUGGAUUUCUGCGGCCCUGCUGUAGGUGAUUGGGAGUAGCUUGAUUUCAGGGAUUAGCCCCUUGGAGUUUAUUGCGUCUCAGAGUGUCUUUCUUUGGCAGCUACAGGAAAAAGACAGUUCCCCUUAUUGCCCCAGCUUCUCGAUAGAGGAUGUCCAAGAGUCCGAAGGACAUUACUAAGCACCUCCAUUUUCAACCACAGAAAAGCUGCCAAAACCUGCCGGAUACACAUUUCCUGAGUCUGCACUUAUUUCUCGGCUUCGAGUUCGUUCCAGCUUGUUGCCACCUUAAGAUCUGGACUGUUGUGCCAAGCUGGCAGAUUGACACGGGUCUCAUUUUAAUGUAUAUUAAUCAAGGAUUAAGGUAG